AAAAGUUCUGACCUAUCCACAGCGCUCCACUUUACCCUCGCCUACAUCACACACACACCUGUCCUGCUCACGGUCAACAGAUAAUCUCAGUACACACUGAUACGCAUGGAGACCUCCAUUGAGCAGUCUCGCUGGGUAUCGUCCUCAAUGAUGCCAUCAGAGGUGAUGCCAGCCUACCCAUCUGACUCCACUUAUUUGGCCCACAAUGAGGAGGGGUCAUUGUUCCCCUGCCCUGAGACUGAACACACUAGUUUCCCCUCUGUGUUCACCAGUCUUGCUCACAGCCGCGGCUCCGGAGCGUUUCAACACAACCCAGUAUAUCCCGUUUACUCCUCUCCAUUCCUCGGCAACCUGUCCUGGUUCGAAGGUUCAAUUGGUUCCUCUCUACCCAACCUCUUCCCGUCCUCUCCAUCAUCCUGGCACAGCAGUGCCUUAUCAAAGACAUCCUCCUCAUCUUUCUAUGCCUCCACUCCCCUCUCCUCCACCAAACCUCCUUGCUGUGCUCUUCCUCCUCCUAUCCCGGACCACAAAGAGGUGCUCAGUCUUCAGGAUAGUCUGAAAAGAGAGAGGAUGAGCCCUCCAGGAGGUGGGGAGGCGUUUGGUGGUGUGUAUCCACUCAACCAUUCUGUAAGCGGUGUGUAUGUGCAUACACACUCCUCAAAAGCGCACACACUGCCAAACUCACAGUCAAUAAGCCACUGCAGUCCAUAUGGGAGCAUGACACAGGAUUACAAUAGUGGAGUUCUCUAUGCACCCACAUCCUUCUCUCCGACAUUACGCAGCAAGAUGAGAUUCUCCCCUACAGAGGCACGAGAGUGUGUGAACUGUGGAGCCACUGCCACCCCUCUGUGGCGGCGCGAUGGAACGGGCCACUACCUCUGCAAUGCUUGCGGAUUGUACCACAAGAUGAACAGACAGAACCGGCCUCUUAUCCGACCCAAGAAGAGACUGGUGGUCAGUAAGCGAAUAGGCACACAGUGUGCAAACUGCCAGACCAGCACCACUACGUUGUGGAGACGCAACAUCAGCGGAGAGCCCGUGUGUAAUGCCUGCGGUCUCUAUUUCAAACUGCACAAUGUAAACAGGCCACUUUCUAUGAAGAAAGAAGCUAUACAGACACGGAACCGUAAAGUAUCAAGCAAAAACAGGAAAGAAAAGAAACUUAAUGCUGUAGAGGAGAAUCUGUAUUGUGAUUUUUCCAAGGGACAUAUCUCUGAUCAGUAUUUCGACUCAUAUUCUCUGAGCCCAGGGCAUCUGGGGGUCUACAGCCACUCUUCCCAUUCACUGUCACCCAGCACUACGUACCAUGGCCAUGCCACCCUGCCCUAUCCAUACCACCAAUCUGCUGCUAUCUUGCCCAGCAUGGUGUGAGAAACUGUACAAAAGACUGUAAGAAGUGUAUGGAUAGUUGGAAGAACAUCUGCCUGAUUCUGUUACGCAGAUAUAAUACACUCACAUUAACCCAGUCAUCAGCGAAAACACUCAGU